GCCGCCACCGCAACAUGGCGCGCGUGAUCGCGCUGCUCGUCCUGUGCUCGUGCGCAAGCGCCGAAAUCCUCACCCCCCCGUACGUGAAUCUCGCGCUCGGAAAGAAGAUUACUGCGACGGCGACAUGCGGCGAUGAGGGCCCCGAGCUCUACUGCAAACUGGUCGGCGCCAACGCCGAUCACAACGAACGUGUCAUACAGGGACAGGUUUGCGACUUCUGCGAUGCCAACGACGAGAACAAGAAGCACCCGCCGGAGUACGCCGUGGACGGCAUGGAGACCUGGUGGCAGAGCCCGCCGCUCUCGCGCGGCAUGAAGUACAAUGAGAUCAACCUCACCAUCGACCUGGGACAGGAGUUCCACGUGGCGUACGUGUUCCUCAAGAUGGGCAACUCCCCCCGCCCGGGACUGUGGGCCCUGGAGAAGUCCACGGACUACGGGAAGACCUUCAAGCCCUGGCAAUACUUCUCAGAGUCGCCUCAGGACUGUGAAAGAUACUUCGGUAAGGAAAGUCUGCAGCCCAUCACAAGAGAUGACUCAGUUAUCUGCAGCACAGAAUACUCCCAGAUCGUGCCUUUGGAAGGCGGAGAGAUCCCGAUCUCCCUGCUGAACUACCGUCCAUCAGCGAAUAAGUACUUCAGCUCCCUGGUGCUCCAGGAGUGGACACGAGCGACGAACGUGAGGCUACGUCUGCUGCGGACCAAGAACUUACUGGCGCAUCUCAUGUCUGUCGCGCGCCAGGACCCAACAGUUACCAGACGGUACUUCUACAGUAUAAAGGACAUCAGCAUUGGCGGACGGUGCAUGUGCAAUGGCCACGCAGACAACUGUUUCCCAGCGGACCCGACGAGCGACACCAGCAUUCUGGUGUGCCGCUGUCAGCACAACACGUGUGGCGAUCAGUGUGCCAAGUGCUGCCCUGGCUUCGAGCAGAAAAAAUGGAGAAUUUCACAGUACUGGGACAGAUUCUCUUGUGAACCGUGCAACUGCCACAACCACACAACGGACUGCGAGUACGACCCUGAGGUGGACGAGAAGCAUCUCUCGCUGGACAUCCAGGGCCGCUACGAGGGCGGCGGCGUCUGCAGAAACUGCCAACACAACACCGAGGGCAUCAACUGCAACAAGUGCCGGGCAACCUUCUACAGGCCGCGCGGCAAGCGCUGGGACGAGCUGGAUGUGUGUCAACCGUGCGACUGCGACCUGCACUACUCGACGGGCAACUGCGAGGAGGAGACGGGCCGCUGCGAGUGCCGGAAGGAGUUCAACCCGCCCUACUGCGACUCGUGCGCGUACGGCUACUUCGACUAUCCGGACUGCAAGCCGUGUACUUGCAACUUGAACGGCACCGAGGGCCAGCACUGCACGCCCGUGGGAGGCCUGUGCCCUUGCAAAUACAACUACGCUGGCAACUCUUGUGAAAUUUGUGCCGAUGGAUAUUACUCAUCUGAGUGUAAAAACUGCGAAUGCAAUCCAGUGGGCUCUGUGUCGCAAGUGUGCGACAAAGAGUCCGGCAACUGUACGUGCAAGAGCAAGUACGCGGGCCGCACCUGCAACCAGUGCGAGCCCGGCUACUACGAGUAUCCUUCCUGCAACCACUGCAACUGUGACGUCAGCGGUACGCAAGCGAGCAUUUGUGACGACAUCACCGGCCAGUGCAUUUGCAAGUUGGGCUUCGGCGGAGCGCGAUGCGACCAGUGCAUCUCUGGGUACUACAUGGAGGUGCGAGGGCGCGAGCGGACGUGCGUGCCGUGCAACUGCUCGUCCACCGGCUCCACGUCCACCAGCUGCUCGGCCGACGGCAAGUGCAACUGCCUGGCCAACUUCGGCGGCCGCCAGUGCGCGCAGUGCUCGCCUGGCUACUACAAGUACCCGGACUGUCUGCCGUGUAACUGUGACCCGUCUGGAUCCAUCGGGUCAACGUGCGACGACAACGGCAAAUGCCACUGCAAGUCUAACUUUGACAACGAAAAGUGCGACCGCUGCAAGGAGCAAUUCUACAACUACCCCGCGUGCGAAGAGUGCAACUGCGAUCCUAAAGGAGUUGUGGCUUCCUUCGCUGGCUGCGGCUCAGUGCCGGCCGGCGAGCUUUGCCAGUGCAAGGAGCGCGUGCAAGGCCGCAUCUGCAACGACUGCAAGCCUCUCUUCUGGAACCUGCAGGAAUACAACCCCGUCGGCUGCGAAGAGUGCGGCUGCCACCUGGCCGGCACGCUGGGCGGGCUAGGCGCGUGCGAUACGCGCAGCGGGCAGUGCUCGUGCAAGAUGCACGUGGGCGAGCGCCAGUGCGACCAGUGCCAGGAUGGCUUCUACCGACUGGAGAGCACCAACGUGUUUGGAUGCACUGAAUGCGACUGCGACGUGGGCGGCUCCAUAGACAACAACUGCGACAAGCUGACGGGCCAGUGUCGCUGCCACUCCCGCGUGGAGGGCCGCCGCUGCGACCGGCCCAUCCGAGCACACUACUUCCCAACCCUACACCAGUUUCAAUACGAAGUGGAAGAAGGCCUGACUCAAUCGGGACCGGUCCGAUACAGGAACAGCGAGGAGGCCUUCCCUGGCUACUCGUGGAAGGGAUACGUCGUGUUCUCUUCGCUCCAGAACGAAGUGAUAAACAUCGUGCACAUCUCCAAGUCGUCUCUGUACCGCAUGGUGCUGAAAUACGCGAAUCCCCUGCGAGACCCCGUCAUCGCCUCCAUUAUCAUCACCCCAGAGAGCGUCGUCGAAACGCAACAGAAAUUCAGCGUGCUGCUCCGGCCCACCAUGAACCCGCAGCUGAUCACGGUGUCGGGCGAGAAGGACCUGGCGCCGUCGCCGCUCGUCAUGAACCCCGGCAACUGGACCGUCACCUUCAAGACCACCAAGGAAGUCAUGAUCGAUUACUUCGUUCUGAUCCCAGAAGCAUACUACGAGGCCACAGUGCUGACUAAACUGGUGGACAAGCCUUGUGUGGUCGGCGACCAGAGGCUUUGCCGACAGUUUGCGUACCCCAGCGUUCAGGGAAGACCUGCUGCGGAGCUGGUCACGCCGGUCACGCUCUACGUCGACGACAACAUCCAACUGCAAGAGCUAAACGCAGCGCCAAACACAAUUCCGCUCCUGAACGACGACCAGCCCGAGUUAGAGUACAAACUGACGAUCGAGCAGCCCGGGCCAUACGUGCUGCUCAUUGAAUACGUGACGCCCAUCAACCGCAGCGCGAUCCCGUCUGAGGACUAUUCUAACGAAACCAACCUAUUCACGCCCAAAUGGACGGUCACUGUACGGGUACAGUCUGGUGAUGCGCCUGAGACGGCGGCCAUUGCAAACCUCAACGAAUGCCCUUACGCCACCGCCUGCAGACAAGUCGUGGUCGACAACAUAGCCAAAAUCAACGUUUUCAAUCUGCAGAGCGAGGAGAAUACUCUUUAUUUGGAUGGCGAGAGAGACUCACUUACAGGCAUCAAGGCGAUCAUCGCAGUACCAGAGGACGAGUGGCACCUGGACCACAUCACGCCGCGCCCGUACUGCCUGCGCCGCGCCGGCCGCUGCGAGCCGGCCGUGUUCUCCGCAGCUGUAGACUCUAAGAAGGUGGAGAUCGAAUUGGGCACGGGCGGCGAGCGCGACGUGCGGCCUCCCGUCCAGGACAACGCCACGGCGGUGGUGUACCUCACGCCCGACGCCGACCCCGUGCAGCUGGGCUUCAAGGCGGCCCCCGGCGAGUACAUGUUCAUCGUGCACUACUACCAGCCGGACCACCCGCAGAGCAGCCUCGACGUGACACUGACGCUGGACGGCGUCAAGCACGACGCGCUCAUGACGGUCGAGCACUGUCCGUCCAACUCGGGCUGCCGCGCGCUGCUCAAGCUCGCCGACGGCCGGGACUACUUCCCCGUCAACGAGAACGUCACCAUCGCCUUCCAGGGCGCAGACACUAAAGGCCUCUGGCUAGACUACGUACUCGUGGUGGCAACUGGAGACUACACGGACUCCGCGCUAAAGGAGGCGAACGUCCUAGACUACACGCGCGAGUUCAUCGACACCUGUGCGCUCAACCAUUACUACAUCAACCCUAACGACACAGGCUUCUGCCGCGACGCGAUGUUCUCCAUCACGGCUGAGUACAACAGCGGAGCCCUAUCCUGCUUCUGCGACUUCAUGGGCUCAACUGAACUGGAGUGCGAUGUGUUCGGCGGACAGUGUCCUUGCAAGCCCAACGUGGUCGGCCGGUCCUGUACCGCCUGCCGCACUGGAUACUACGGCUUCCCCGACUGCCGGCCUUGCCACUGCCCGGCUACCGCUAUCUGUAACGAGGACGGCAUGUGCAUUUGUCCGAAGAACGUAGAAGGCGAGAAUUGCGACCGCUGCAAGCCUUACACGUUCAACUUCGACGUGCACCGCGGCUGCGACGAGUGCAACUGUAACCCGCUCGGCGUGAUCGACCGCCGGCUGCAGUGCGAGCCGGAUAGUGGAAACUGCGAGUGCAAAAAUAACGUAAUCGGACGCGUUUGCGACCACUGCGUGCCCGGACACUAUGCGUUCCCGGACUGCCCGGCGUGCUCGUGCGACCUGGACGGGACCACGGACGACGUCUGCGACCAGAACACCGCGCAGUGCUACUGCAAGCGGAACGUGCGCGGACAGGCAUGCAACGAGUGCAAGGAGGAGUAUUACAACCUGCAGGCCGGCAACCCGGACGGCUGCACCAAGUGCUACUGCUCCGGCAAGACCACGCGCUGCUCCAGCUCCUACCUGUCCUGGGCUGCGAUCAGUGUGAUGGCGGACUGGUCUCUGGUCAGUGUGGAAGCCAACCGUACGCUAGCUGUCAACCCGUACGACUUCGCGCCAGCCGUGUACAACGACACCACCAUAGAGGCUAAACUGGCUAGCAACAAGCUCGUCUACUUCUCUGCGCCGGAGUACUACCUUGGCAAGCGUCUGACGUCAUACGGCGGGUACCUCACAUACACGGCGUACUAUUCGAGCCGCAACGACGGCCGCGCAAUCGCCGCGCCUGACGUCAUCCUCGGAGGGCCUGGCGGGUAUCUGGUGCACAACAGUGUUGAACAACCGCCAUCGUACUCGGAGUGGGAGCACGGAGUGAAACUGACGGAGGAGGAGUUCACGCGAGCAGAUGGCGCGCCGCUCACUCGAGAGCAGUUCAUGGCGGCGCUCGUCAACGUCAGCAGCGUGUACGUGCGCGCCUCCUACUGGGAGGACUCGUCGUCCGCCAGACUGACAUCAGCUGCAUUAGACAUCGGCGUGGAAGACUACGCGGAGGGUAUGAAGCGAGCGGCCUCCGUCGAGCAUUGCCAGUGUCCUAAGGCCUACCGCGGACUGUCGUGCGAGCAGUGCGCCGCGGGCUACUACCGGCUCAGCUCGGGCCCGCACGCGGGGCUGUGCGUGCCGUGCCAGUGCAACGGCCACUCGCCGCAGUGUGACGUCAACACCGGCGUGUGUCUGGACUGCGGCCACCACACGAUGGGUGACCACUGUGAGCAGUGCGUCCCGGGGUACCACGGCGACGCCACGGUGGGCACGCCGCGCGACUGCCUCAUCUGUGCCUGCCCCAUGCCUACCUCCUCCAACAACUUUGCCAUUGGCUGUGACCUGAGCGACAACGGGUCCCUGAUCUCUUGCGACUGCAAGCCGGGAUACGGCGGAGCUCGUUGCGAAUACUGUGCCGCUGGUUACUAUGGAGUGCCUGAAAACACCGGGGACUACUGCAAGCCGUGCAACUGUUCCGGCAACAUCAACCCUAACGAUCCAAGCUCGUGCGACAGCAUCACGGGCGACUGCCUCAAGUGCGUCAACCACACGGCGGGCGCGGCCUGCAACCUGUGUGCACCCGGCUUUUAUGGAGACGCCAUUCUCAGCAAGAACUGCACAGCGUGCUCGUGCGACAAGCAAGGCAUGGAGCGCUGCGACCCGUCCACCGGUACUUGCGUGUGUCGCGAGGGCGUGGUGGGUCCGCGCUGCGACCGAUGCGCGCCCGACCACUACGGGCUCGAGUCCGGACAGGGCUGCGCCUCGUGCGACUGCGCGGUGGCCGCCACGGACUCGCAGUGCGAUCUGACUACUGGACAGUGCAAAUGCGCGAAGGGAGUUACCGGCCGCCACUGCGAGCAGUGCGCUGCGGGCUACUGGAACUAUUCUAAGGAUGGAUGUGACCACUGCAACUGCAACACGGGCUAUUCCGUUGGCUUCAUGUGCAACGCGACGGGCCAGUGCGAGUGUCUGCCCGGCGUCAUCGGCGAGAAGUGCGACCGCUGCCCAGAGAGAUGGGUGCUGCUCCCACACGAGGGCUGCCUAGAAUGCGACGAGUGCACGGACGCGCUUAUAUUCACCGUCGAGGACCUCUCGCGCCGCCUCGCCAACGAAACGCAGGACUUCAAGGACAAAGCGGAUUCGUUCUUUACGACCCAGCGGCUGAACUACAUCGCGAAUCAGACGCAGUUGUUGCGACCUCGAGUGGCGGAGCUGACGGAAGUUGACCUGGAUGACGUCACGGCCGCCUUCAAGGCGCUCGAGAGCGGCGCCAAGAACUUGCUGCGCUCAGCGGAGUUCGCGGCAACGGACAGCGACAAGCAGAUCACAAGAGCAGCCGAGCUGGCAAGAGACGCGGACAAGACCUUAGCUUCAGUGCGCGACAGCAGCGACAAGGCCAAAAGCGUGGUGGCGCACGUCACCGACUUAGCUACUGGCUUGGAACUCAGCCAGCAACCGAAGGCCGAUGGCGCGCUGGCAGAGGCGAGACAGAUCAAGUCCGACAUUGCUGAAAAGAACCUACAGCCGCAACUGUUGCAAGCCAACAGCGGCUUCGGCAACGCGACUGCCCAAAUCGAGCGCAUGAACAUCUUCAUCGAGCCCGUCAACAAGCAAGCUAAGAAAUUCGAGCGUCUGGUGAACGCAACGCACGCGCUGAAGGAGAAGCUUGAGGAUCUCCUGGAGUACACGGACCGCGCGCAACACACCGCUGCCGCCGCCGACAAGUCCAACGAGAGGAACCGGCAAUCCAAAUUCGGCAACAAAGUUCUCUCCGUCACGAAACUGAACGAGGCAGCCAUGAAGGACUUGAUCGACGCAGCGGAAGAAGUGGCCGCUGUCGCCAACUUGUCAGCGUCGGACGUCGCUUCCGGGGCGGCCAGGGCGCUCACGGGGAAUAGAAAUGCAAACAUCAACAUGGACGAAAGGCUGAAUAACUUGAUGAAGGAAAUGCCGGCGCUGCAGCAGGCUCUCAAUGAAGCCCAAGACCACGCCAGCAGUCUCAGGAGCCGGGCUGACAAUCUACGCACGGUGGCAGCGCGCGAGAACAACAACACUCGCACGCAGGACGCGUACAGCGCCGCGUCGGCGUUCUCGUCCAUCGUGCAGGAGAUCGCCGACGCCAAGCUGGCCGCCGACACCGCCGAGGCCGCCGACAACAACGCCACCGCUGUCAAAAACGUGUUGAACGAGCGCGUGGGUCCCGCCCGCAACCGCUCGCAGGACUUGCUGACGCGCGCGGCCGCGGCGCUGCAGGACGUGGAGCAGGGGCUGCGGCCGCCACACAGCUCCGCCCAGGCCGCCCUGCAGGACGCGCGCCGGGCGCUCGACGCCGCCUUCCUGCAGGACGACGCCAUCCAGCUCUCGCUACCAACGCCGCCCAGUUUCGCUCUGCAAGAAGAAAUAGACAAGGCAGACCGCGUGAACGCCACAGUGAAGAACACUCUGGACAUCAUGUCCAAGUUUGGCUCCGAGCUUGGCGCCAGCAAGGAGUGGGCGCAGUCACUGCCCAAGCUUGCUGAUGAGGGGCAGAAGAUGAUGUCUAACAUCGAAAGCUACUUGAAGAACGUAGAAGAAAUGGACCCGAUGAGCCGGUCCAAGUACCGCGCCGUGAAGAUGAUGCAGGAAGACCUGGAGCGCCGCCGCGCGGAAGCCGACGACAAGCUCCACAAGCUGAAGGAGCUCAUCGAACAGGCCCGCGCCGUAGCCAACCGCAUCCAAGUGGGCGUGACCUUCGACCGGCUGACCACGCUGCAGCCACGCCUGCCGGACUCCGUCGAUGAGAUGUCCACCUCCACGCACGUGUCUGCCUACUUCCGCACGCGGGAGAAGGACGGCUUCCUGCUGUACCUGGGCAACCCCAAGGACACCAACCUGCGGCGCACCAACUCGGACGACUUCAUGGUGGUGGGCAUCCAGAACGGGUACCCGUAUCUGGUGAUGGACAUCGGAGACAGCUUCGAGUCGGGCCGCGAGCCCGCGCGCAUCGGCAGCGACAAGUUCGUGGCCGACGAGCGCUGGUACCAGGUCGUGGUGGACAGACUGGGCCGCAACGUGAAAUUCUCGAUCCGCGAGAGCUUAGACAACGGUUCAGAAAUCACCCACUCCAAGGAGGCCGUACUACCUGGACAGCAUACCAUCUUCAACCUGGACCGCCAGAAGUCCAAGCUGUACGUAGGAGGAGUGCCUUCGGAUGCCAAGCUGCAAGGCAUCAGCUUCCCAGCCUUUGAGGGUCAGAUCGAGGAGCUGGUGAUCGGAGACACGCCGGUUGGACUGUGGAACUCGAUCAGCUCGGCUAACCUGAAGGGCGCUAGGCAGAGGGACAAGCUCAUAACAUCCAGUUCCGGGCCGCAAGAGUACCGCUUCAACGGCAAGUCGCACGUGACGAUGCCGGCGCGAGAGUACAUCGUCCCGCAGAAGAACCACGUGCUUCUCUACUUCAGGACCUACGCGCCGAACGGACUCAUCUACCUCGUGGGAGAAGGAGACUACUUCUUCUCGGUCGAGAUGCAGGAGGGCGCUGUGUACUUGCAGACGUCACUCGGCAACCCACAAGACAUGGUGAUCAUCGGCACACAGAAGACAUACAACGACGGCAAAUGGCACAAACUGGACGCCGGCCGCUACCUCGCCAACUGCUCUCUCAAGGUGGACGACGAAAUCCUCCGCGCGGUAUCGUCAUCACCAAUCAUGGAGAUCACAGCCGUGGACACGAUGAACUUCGGCGGCAACAACAAGGGCAUAGUCCACGUGCGCGACGCCGGCUUCGACGGCUGCCUGCGACAGAUCAGCAUAGAGGGCGUCAACAUCGACCUCAGCGAGAACGUCGAGGCCAUCGGCAUGGGCUACGGCUGCCAGUUCGCGUCGCUAGUGUCGCUGUCCGGACAAGAGAGCUACCUGCGCUACGUGGACCUGACCACGGACAACCUGCAGCUGACACUCAAGUUCCGGACGGCGCGGCCGGACGGUCUCAUCUUCCUCUACGUCAGCCGCAUGCAGACGCCCACUAUGCCGGACAGCGUGUCUCUGUCGCUCAUCAAAGGCCGGCUGGUGCUGAUGAGCCAGCGCGAGCAACUCGACACGGGGCUGAGCGUGUACAACGACUCGCAGUGGCACGUGCUCACCGUCGUGCACAACAAGCAGCACCUGCGGCUCUACGUGGACGACAUUGACUACUUCAGCUCAGACACGCCGCCCGCGCCUCUCCAGAUCUUGGAAGGCGUGUUAUUCGUGGGCGGCGUUCAGAACGGCUACGUGGUGGGCGGACGCGUCGGUAGCAAGGUGCCUUUCCAAGGCUGUGUGGCCGACGCCACCAUCAACGGCCGCAUCCUCAACCUGCUGGAGCCCUUCAGCUCGAGCGGAGUCACCUUCGGCCGCUGUGGCGACAUCACAUACACAGGCGGCAUGGCGCCAGACGGCCCGUGGGUGCCGCAGUCGCCGCCGUCCAACCUGCUGCCGGUGCCCACGCAGGGCCCGCCGCCGAUCGUGUCCGAGCCAGACCCCAACCUCAACAAGGUGGAGUUAUUCAACGAAGUGGUGACCUCUCCACCGACCACCACUCUGGCAGCGACCACGGCGGCACCGACCACCACGCAGCGGCCGACCACGCGGCGACCGGCCACCACGGCGCGCCCGCCGCCGCAGCCCGAGCCGGGCUGCAAGCUGGCCUACGACAAGUUCUACGACAUCGGCGACCCUGAGGAGGGGUACCGGUUUGGUACCCGGGAAGACAGCCGCAUCGAGUACGGCAAGCUGCCGGGCCGGCAAGUGGGCGGGUUCGACCUCAGCGUCACCUUCCGCACCUUCGACAAGCACGGCGGCCUGCUGCUGUACGCCGCCGCCGAGCGCGCGCCCGGCCAGUUCCUGGCGCUCUACAUGCGCCACGCCCAGCUGAACCUGGAGUUCAACUGCGGCGGGGAAACUGGUCACAUCACGUGGGGGCAGCUGUACAACGACACGCAGUGGCAUACAGCUACCGUGGUGCGGCGCGACGGGCACGCCAAGCUUACGGUGGACGGCGAGCGCGUGGGCGAGGCCAGCGUGGAGUGCCGCGCGCCCGCCGUGCUCGCGCCGCCCUACUACUACGGCGGGCUGCGGCUCAACCGCUCCGACCAGCUGCCGGUGAGUGCCGCGCGUGACUUCUACCAGCCGUUCAAGGGCUGCCUGAAGGGGCUGCUGAUGAACGGGCAGCACGUGAGCGAGGUGGCGGCGCGCGUCAACUCGCUGCGCUGCGCCGACGCCGUCGAGGCCGGCGUCUACUUCGGGCCCUCGCACUCGCCCACCGACUCCAACUACAUCAAGCUGUUCAAAGUGGGCAAAUUCAAAGUGGGCAACGAGAUCUCGAUCUCCAUGGAGGUGAAGCCUCGCAACAGUACAGGCCUUCUGCUGAGCGUGCACGGCGGCGUGGACUACCUGGUGCUGGAGUUGCAGCCGGGCGAGGUGGUGGCGCGCGUGGAAAACGGCAAGGGACCCUUCCAGGCCAGCUACAAGCUUGGCGGCGCAACGCUGUGCGACGGCAACUGGCACAAGAUCCACGCUGUGAAAUCCCGCUACGUGGUGUCAGUAGGCGUCGACGGGCACUUCUCAGACGCGGGCAUCGGGCUGUCCAGCUCCACCGACACGAAGUACCCGCUGUACAUCGGCGGCCACGAGCGCCCGCUUAACCGGCUCAAGGGCGUCCAGGCACGCCACGGCUACACCGGCUGCAUGAGGAACCUGGUCAUCAAGGAGGAGCUGAUGGAGAUACCGCUGUCGGCCGCCGGCAGAAACGCGCACGUCGGCGUCUGCCCGGCCAACUAACGAUUGCCAGUUGAAAAAAACAUUAUUUUUAACAAGUUUUAAUCCAUCAUUGUUGGGCAGUUGACAUUAUCCCAUAAUUUAAGCAAGUUAUAGUUUUUCAUUGUUUUCAAGGCAAUAAAGUUAGAAAUAAUGUUAACCACUUUAACAUGUAUACCAUUGUGUACUCUCGACUCGGUUGUUCAAUUAAUUUUAUUUGAUUUGCAAACUAUAAAGACAUUUAUGAAUGGUGCAACAGUGUACCAUUAACUACAAACAGAAAACUAUAGCACCACUAUUAACGAUUAAAAGGACAUGUCGAUAGAUUAGUGGUGUCAACUGCCCAAUUAUAAAAUGGAACUCGCUGUAAACAUUCAAACAAGCUGGAACUCUUCAGUUUAAACAUAAUAUUAUGGGCGAUUUCUAAGUCUGCUCGUCUGCCACCUAUCAUAAACUUAAAUGAAGUACAUCGCAACCUAAAAAACUAAUAAAAAAUAUAUCAGGUACGAGCGAGAAUCAACACGAUAAUGCUUGCACAGACGGUGGUUACAAAGUGAUACAAAAGUCAAUUAUUAAAAAAAAAACAUGACAUGACUACGCCUAUAGUUCACAACCUAUUUAUAAGAUUUAUUUGUUCCAGCUUGUUUGAAAUAACAGUGGAUCUAGAUAAGUAAGAUUCGCUUGAUGAACUAAAAAUACCCAGAAAAUUGUUAAAGUUACUGUGUAACAAAAUCAAUGAUGGUGUUGUAAGAGAGAUAGAAGAAGAUGGGUCUUUUGAUGUGUGCCAACAAAUAUGAUUAUUUCCAUUAAGAUCGUUUGCAAUGAAGCAGCAGACAAGCUUUUACUUAUUAAACGAAAUAAGAUUGCGCGAGAGGGAUUAAAAAAUUACCCUUCAUUUUCCUUGACCUUUUAGUUUUAGUAUUAUAAAAUGGCGCCAAUUUCCAAGCAUGGAGAUAAUUACUUGGGGAGGUAUUUUAUAAUUAUGUCUACUUGUGCCAUUCUGCGGCUGAUAUUAUGCUCAGUUUUUGCAACUUUCGCAUUUAUUAAUGUAUACUAUUUUUAUAUUUUACGAAAAAGUGCCAUGUUUGUCUAUAAAUUUAAUAUCAAACUGCAAUAUUAUAAUUGAAAUAUUAUAUAUUUUUAAUAAAUCGCAUUUAUAUAUCAA